AUGCCAUUAUCAUCGCUGCCCUAACGCUAGACGACAUAGACGGCAUUUCCCCAGACAUCUUCAUCUCUUAUGAAAAUAUUUGGAUAAAUUCAUCUCCAGUCAACCUUUUUAGUCCGUCGAGUUGUUGCCAUGAAAUCGCUCGGUUCUACUCUCCAACUCCUCGUAUUAUCCUAAGUCUCCUUGAGGUAGAUUUACAUAGUCUAGAACUGUUUAUCCACUUCAGAAAUUCUCAGCUCCAGAUCCUCCAUCCGACUAUCUCCGAUCGAGCUGACAUCAUGACCUUACCUUGGUGGCCAUGAGUAAAAAGACAUAGACUCUAAUCUUUGUUCAAUGUCAACGUUGACAUUUCUUCAAACAUCUUCAUCUCUUAUUAAAAUAAUUGGAUAAAAUCAUCUCCAGUCAAACUUUUUAAUCCGCCGAGUUUCUGUCAUGAUAUCACUCGAUUCUACUCGCCAACUCCUCGCAUUAUCCCUUGGCCCUUUGAGGUAGAGUUACAUAUCCCAGAAAUGUUCAUUCCCUUCAGAAAUAUCCAUCGCAGCUCCAGAUUCUCCACCUGACUAUCUCAGAUCGAGCUGGUAUCAGAACCUUAUCUUGGUGGCCAUUAGUCAAAAGACUCUAAUCUUUUUUCAAUGUCAACGUUGACAUUUCCUCAGACAUCUUCAUCUCUUACGAAAAUAAUUGGAUAAAAUCAUUUCCAGUCAACCUUUUUAUUCCGUCGAGUUGCUGACAUGAUAUCACUCGAUUAUACUCUCCAACUCUUCGUAUGAUCCCAGGGCCCUUGAGGUAGAGUUACAUAUCCCAGAACUGUUUAUCCCCUUCAGAAAUUCUCCACAUCAGCUCCAGAUUCUCCAUCUGACUAUCUGAGGUCGAGCUGGCAUCAGAACCUUACAUUGGUGGGCAUUAGUCAAAUGACAGAGAAUGGAGGAAUCCCAUCAAUACAAUCACAAGUUUAGAUCGAUUUCUCUGCCUUAAUGAAUGUACUAUUAGCUUGGCCCCUCAUCAACAGAAGCAAGAUGGAUUAAGAUUAGGAGAAAUUAUCAAUUUGGUUCAUUAGAAUAAAAAAUAAUCGGCAGUGGAUGCAGUACAGUCCCAAUCUAAUUAUUUCCUCUAAAAAUGCGGAUAAUCCUGAUUUUAAUCCUUUGGAACAUUUUCAUCAGAGUUGGUUGCUGCCAAGUUUCUUUCUUGGGAAAAUAGCAUGGUGGUUGACUCAUGGUCUCUGUCAUUACAGGAGGAUGGAGCAGGAUGUGGAGACUGUCAUCAACGUACUCCGCCCGGGACCACUCGGGAUCAUCGAGCACAAGUUCUCCGCCACAGAAGUCCACGAGGCGAAGGCCGCAGUUGACCGGGCGGUCUUGAGCUGGCGGCAGAGCACGGCCCUGGAAAAGUGGAGUAGCAAUGAGAUGCCCGAGUCAACUGGAACCUGA